AUGGUCCAUUUUUCCAAGUUUGCCAGCACUGUCGCAGCUGCUGCUUUUAUCACCCCUUCUUUGGCUCAUCCCGGCGAACACCACGAUCAUCAUGCUAUCAAGCGUGAGAUCACGGCUCGUGAACAUCUGGCCAACCACUUCCGACGUUCUGUCGAUACGUGCAGUGGAACCGAGAAGAGUGCCGCGAUCGCCGCUCGUUCCGCUGCGCGUCGCAGCAAGAUAGCUAGCGAACUUCGCCUGAAGCGUGGUAUCGCAUCCUCGCCUCAAAAGUUCAGGCGUGACUUGGCUACACUCGAGAAGUUCGAAGCCGUCAACCACAAUCAGACUGAUUCUGUGGACGGUGAUGUCUCUACCUUUGAAGCUUCGGUCUUCUCCGCCAACACCAGUUGCGUCUUGACCCCCGAAGUCACCGACGGUCCCUACUAUGUCACUGGCGAACAGAUCCGUAGUAAUGUCAAGGAGGACCUGUACAGUGAUGGUGUUGAUCUCUACCUUGAGGUUCAGUACAUUGACAUUACUACUUGCGAGCCUGUCCCUAAUGUUUGGGUCGAUAUCUGGAAUGCCAACGCUACUGGCGUAUAUUCCGGUAUCUCUGUCAGUGGCAAUUACGCCGCAGAUGGCUACAAUUCUACUUAUUUACGUGGUAUUCAGGAGACUGAUUCCGAUGGCGUUGUCGCGUUUGAGACCAUUUUCCCGGGUCAUUACGAUGGUAAGCUAUAA